UCGUGUGGGUGCACACUACCUUCUAUUAUUGCACGGAAAGUAAUGGCAAUUCGUAAAUCCAAAUAUUGCAUCGCUUCAAUGCAAAACCCGAUCUCCCGCCUAUAAAUACCAACCCAUCUCUCUUGCGAUUCUUCCUGCCUUCUACAAAUCCGUUAACCUUUCUCUCCUCGGCACUCAUGGAACCCUUCGGAAUCCGAAGCAGAUCAAUUCGACUCUCGAUCAUCGCGAUGGUCGCAUUUGUGUGGACGGCGGAGUGCCGGCGUGCAGAGGAGUUCGGCCAACAGCUGUGGUCUGUCGGCGAUGGCGCGCCGGGCGGAUGCCGAGCAUACGCAGCGGAUCUGGUACAGUUCGGCGGAGUAAGUGAUGGGGUCACAUCGAACACCAAAGCGUUCCGCGACGCCAUCGCUAAUCUCAGCCAAUACGCCUCCGAUGGCGGAAGCAUGCUCAUCGUUCCGCCGGGGCGGUGGCUCACCGGACCUUUUAAUCUGACCAGCCACUUCACCCUCUUCCUCCAAGAACAUGCUGAGAUUGUCGCAAGCACGGACUUUGACGAGUAUCCAAUCGUUGAGCCCUUGCCGUCCUACGGAAGAGGAAGGGAUACCACCGGUGGAAGAUACAGCAACUUCAUCUGGGGGUCUAAUCUAACCGAUGUCAUCAUCACAGGUGAAAAUGGGACGAUCGAUGGCCAAGGCCAGUUCUGGUGGGAUAAAUUUCACAAAAAGGAGCUUGACUCUACUCGCGGAUACCUUCUUGAGCUCAUGCAUUCGGAGAACAUCCUCAUCUCCAAUCUCACCUUCAUUAACUCUCCAGCAUGGACUCUGCAUCCGGUUUACUGCAACAAUGUCAUCAUUUCAAGUGUCACCGUUCUGGCUCCUGUAGACUCCCCUAACACCGAUGGCAUCGAUCCAGACUCAUGCUCCAACGUCCUGAUCGAGAACAGCUUCAUCGUGUCCGGCGACGAUUGCAUCGCCAUCAAGAGCGGCUGGGACGAGUACGGCAUAAGAUACGGCCGGCCGAGCGAGCACAUCCUCAUCCGCGGCGUCACCUGCAUCUCCCCCGACAGCGCCGUCAUCGCCCUCGGCAGCGAGAUGUCCGGCGGCAUCCAAGACGUCCGCGCCGAGAACAUCGUCGCCGUCAACUCCGAAGCCGCCGUCCGCAUCAAGACCGCCGUCGGCCGCGGCGGCUUUGUCCGCGACAUCUUCGUCAAGGGCGUGAGCCUCCACACUAUGAAAUACGUUUUCUGGAUAACAGGCAACUACGGGAACCACGCCGACGAUCAUUGGGACCCCGACGCCCUCCCCGAGAUUACGCGGAUUAAUUAUAGCGAUUUCUUUGCUGAAAAUGUGACCAUGGUGGCGAAUCUCCAAGGCAUUGAGAAAGACGCGUUUACGGAUAUUUGCAUUUCGAACGUGACGGCGGAGCUGAGCGCGAAGCCGAAGAAGGUGCUGUGGAAUUGUAGUUUGGUGGAGGGAGUGAGCAGUUAUGUAAGUCCGAAGGCAUGUGAUGAGCUGCCGGAGAACGGCAAGCCAUGCGACUACCCGACGAUUCCGUUGCCUAUUGAAAGCGUGAGGGUCGGGCAGUGUGGUUGAGUAGAAUUGGUUCGCUGCUGCGUUAUUUAGGUUAACGGGUGUAAGUUUAAAAAAUAAAAUAUUCUAAACUUAUUAGUCACCCUUUUUGAAUAAUAAUUUAAAAUUUAU